AUGGGGGUUCCAAUAUGUUACUUUUUCUUGAUACUUGCAGUCACCACAACCCUGAACACCCCUUUGAGUCUAGCUGUCAUGGCUCUUGAGCGCUACAUUGCAAUCUGUAACCCCUUGCGGCACUCUCAGAUAUGCACCCUCCGCAGGACGUACAUGGUUAUCGGUGUGAUCUGGUUUAUAGGGCUCAUCCCCGGAACAACCGAUCUCUUCAUCGUCUUUGCUGUGGAGCCAUUGAGCUUCUUCAAGACGACGGUUUACUGCAUUCGGGAGAAUUUCUUCAGGACUCCCGCUCAGGUAUAUAAGAGAAUGUACAUCAAGACAUUAUAUUUCACUGUUGUUUGGCUAGUCAUUGUGUUUACAUAUCUCCGGAUCGUUUACGCAGCAAGGUCAGCCAGCAUGUCUGAAAAAUCUUCAGCUAAGAAGGCUCGGAACACCAUCCUGCUCCAUGGAAUCCAACUAAUGCUGAGCAUGCUUACAUUCUUAGCUCCCUUCACUGAGUAUAUCUUCUGGAUGUUGCCUUCCAGCUGGCUCUUGGACCUUCACUAUGUUAGAUUUUUUUUAGUAUAUAUCUUACCAAGAACUUUAAGUCCCGUGAUCUAUGGGAUGAGGGAUGAGAACUUUAGAAAGCAUUUGAAAGGGCACCAGUUGUGUUUGUCAGCAAAAGUUCAACCAAGCAAAGAAGUUGUAACCAUCAGCUAUGAAAGUUAG